AUUAUCGAUUGUAACUUAAUGUUUUAAGUUCAUGUAUCGUUUGUUAUUUAAACAAGAAGGCAUUUUUAAAUAACACUCGAUUUGCCGCCACUCACUAUCGAUUCUUGAUUAUCGAGAGAUUCGCGGUAUAUCUAGUAUGACAGUAGUUUAUGGUGCACGGUGCGCCGUUCAUUUAGUGCGGUCAAUGCAAUCAGUUGUUUUCGAGCUACCGAGGGUGAAGGUGGCAUAUUUUUAACCGGGUGUUCUGGUUUGAUUGUCGAAACAAGAAUUGAGUAACAUCAUCAAGACAAUAAACUGCUGUGUCGAACGCAGUUCUUGGUGCGGUUCGUGGGUGUGAACUUGAAGUGUUUUUUUCGUUCAUUCCUUGCCAAAAGUACAUGCUUCCGGAGUGACAGAAUAUUCUACGAGUCGAAGAAUGUUGGAUCGCGACACCGCGAUACACCUCGUUGCUGGAGGAGUGGCCGGUACGACAGGAGCAAUAGUCACAUGUCCUUUGGAGGUGGUUAAAACACGUUUGCAAUCCUCUUCCUCCGGUUUCUACCCGCCCCCGGUGAACAAGGAACUCACUUCCGGUCAUGUCACGUGUAAAAGCUUCCCGAAACCGGAACAGAGGAGAAGACUAUGCACGGGCGGGUACACUAGGCACGCCUUAGUCGCCCUUUCUCACUUUGGCUCGUCUACUCCUCCUGGAGGCUCUCCCUAUCACUCAGCACCAGGUAUCUAUCAGUGCAUAAAGUACAUCGUUCAAAACGAAGGAACUCGAGCCCUAUUCAAAGGACUCGGCCCAAAUCUAGUGGGAGUCGCACCCUCCAGAGCAAUUUAUUUCUGCGCCUAUUCUAAGAGUAAGAUAGCGUUCAACGCUAUCCUUACUCCGGAUACACCGCUCGUUCACGUGUUCUCCGCAUUCUGCGCUGGUUUCGUGGCAUGCACGUUGACAAAUCCUAUUUGGUUCGUGAAGACCAGGCUACAACUGGACCAUCGGUCAAACAAAAUCACCGCGAUGGAAUGUGUGCAAAGGAUAUAUCGACAAUCGGGUAUCCUGGGAUUCUACAAAGGCAUCGUGGCCUCCUACGUAGGAAUAAGCGAGACUGUGAUACACUUUGUGAUCUACGAGGCUGUGAAGGCUUGGCUAGCGACGUACAGGAUUCCUACGAUAGACGAUCGCAAAACGUUGCGCGAUUUCCUAGAGUUCAUGGCGGCCGGCUCCUUCUCGAAAACAAUCGCGUCUACCAUCGCUUACCCCCAUGAGGUAGCCAGAACACGACUGAGAGAGGAAGGUACAAAAUACCAGGCUUUCUGGCAAACGUUGAGAACCGUAUGCGCAGAGGAAGGGCCGCAAGGAUUGUACCGUGGCCUGGGUACUCAUUUGAUCAGGCAAAUACCGAACACAGCGAUCAUCAUGGCAACGUAUGAGGCGGUGGUGUACCUCCUGAGCAGGCACUUCCAUCAGCAGUCGUUGUUGAACAAUAACAACGAGUCACAGUUCUAUGCGGAGACGAAGUCGAAAAGCGAACUCGCCUAGGACUUGCUUACGGCCCCUGAGUAAAGGGCCAUUCGCUCGUAGCGAAUCCUGAAGCUGCGUCCAACCUCGUAAACACCGUCCAGAGCGUCGCGAUGCCGAGGAGACGCCCAGUGGACACGCGUUUCCAAGCUUGCAGAGAGCUGGGGCCACCUUAGCUGUCCAGAUUCGUUACGUGGAAGGUAGCAAAAGGUAUCACAGCGCGUUGCACGCUGUGUACUUUGUAAGCGUAGCAAAAAGUAGUCCUUCCUCCUUUCAGGUAGCGUUCGUACACAUGCGGAACAGCCUCUGUCUGUCUGUACAUCGCCAACGUGCAUGGAAUACGAAGCAGGGAAACGAAGCUGGAAUUUAUGAGUCGGUUAGAACCCUCAGAGUGCGAUACGUUACCUUUUUUUUAUGUCAUAGUCAAAUUGAUCGUGUUGCCACCGGUAGAACGUUCACGUAAUUUCUUCUUUCAUUGGUAGCAGUAUAAAUACAUACGAUUGAGCCGUGUCAGGCAUACAUCUUUGUCAUUUGUGAAAGUUUUGAGAUUCGGAGAACAUAAAAUUGUAUUGUAUUAAUAGAUUUAGAUUUAUGAUAUUCAGAAUUGUACGGCUUGUAACUUUUGCAUAUGGCUAAUACAAUACACGGAAUUUCAUAUCUUUUUAUCUGAAAGUUCACAAACUCCGUGUCUCAAAAAUCACUGAAAUGAUUGUAUUCAUUUGAUGCAGUAUUACGAUCUCGCUAGAACAACCUUGCGCACUUAAUUUAGGCCACGAAUUAUAAACAGUAGAGAGAACAGAUCGUUGUAUCUAAUUUUAUAAUUGUUAAUAAACCUGUUGAUAUAUCUUACUUCGAUUAGUCGAUAUUGAAACGAUGCGAAAUAAUAGUUAGACCGUAAAAACCUAUUGAACAGAAAAAUAACCAUUUUGUUAUUACUCAAAUUAGAAUCUUACGCAAGUUAAGAUUGCAUCGAAGAUGUGCGAUACGAUUUUAAAUACUGUAUGUAAUUUAUAAAUCAACGAAAACGAAAGUUCGCGAUGUUGAAUGCGUCGAAUAUACUACAACCGAUGAUUCUGUAAAGCGUAGUAAGUAGAUAAUCUUGUACAUAAAAUAAUAAACGCGUUAUACAUACAAUUAUAUAUACAUA